AUGCUACGCGAGAACAUGAAAGAGGUGGACCUUCUAAUCCUAGGCGCCGGCUGGACAAGCACAUUUCUGCUGCCACUGCUGGACAUCGAGCACAUCACACACGCCGAGACAACAACCACAGGAAGAAACAACACGCUACCUUUCAAAUUCGACCCAGAAUCACACGAUGAAGACUCAUACAAGCGCCUCCCCUCGGCCCGUACAAUCCUCAUCACCUUCCCCCUAAAAGGCCCCGACCAGUCCAAGCUCAUCACCUCGCUGUACCGCAAAACCCACGGCGACGAAAACAACUGGAUCCAACUCGGCUCAACGGGCAUCUUCAACCAAGUCCCCACCGACUGGAGCACAGACGAAAGCCCGUACGAUACCGCCGAUCUGCGAGCAAUCGCCGAAGACGAGCUCAUGCAGUGCGUCCGCGGCUGCGUGCUCAAUCUCUCCGGCUUGUACGGGGGGACCCGCAUCCCGCGAACCUGGCUCCCACGGCUCGCCUCGUGCAAAGACGAUGUGCGGAAGCGCGGGGCGGUGCACUUUGUGCACGGCGAGGACGUAGCGCGAGCCAUCGUCGCGACGCACAGGAAAUUUACACCCGCAAAGCGGUGGAUAGUGUCUGAUCUCAGGGUCUACGAUUGGUACGAUUUGAUCAUGAGUUUCAGCGCCUUGGCGGAGGAGGUUGAGGAAAGCGCGCAGGAGGCGGAGGCGAGGCUGCAGUUUAGCACGUGGGUGGGCGAGCUGAUGCUCGAGGAGGGUGUGCGGGCGUUGCCGAGGGAGAUGGGCGUGCUGGGGCGGAAACUCGAUUCUAGGGGGUUUUGGCGGGAGCAUGGGAUUUGGCCUAGGCAUCGGCGGUUGGCGUAG